CUCUCCCAGACCCAGAUAUCCCACCUUUCACCAGUUAGCACAGAGAGGUUGCUUAGAAAGCACACGGGAAUAGUUCACGGAAUGGCCAUUGCUUGUGGGGUAACACGGCAUCUCGGCCUCGAUUAAUUGCGUCACUCAGAAGGGCCUGGGUCCGCUUGGAAAGAGGAUAUAAACUCGGCCAAGUAACCUCCGAGAAAUUUCCCCUCCAUUCUACAAUUCUGCAGAGAAACGGAAAACUACUAUCACAAUGGCUUCUAACCAACCUGCUAAGUGCUGCACCGAGGGUGUUCGCCAUGAAGGCGAGCCCACCGGCAAGAUGAUCAAGCUCGAUAGCGGUCUUGACGCCUACAUCGCGACAGCUCCCGCGGACAAGGCGCAUAAGGGUACCGGAAUUGUCUACAUUGCCGAUAUCUUCGGAAUCUGGACCAACAGCAAGUUGAUGGCUGAUCAAUUCGCCGCCAACGGCUACACCACCAUCAUUCCCGACAUUUUCAACGGCGAUGUUAUGCCUCUGCCUAUGCCUGAGGGUCUUGAUAUCAUGAGCUGGAUCACAAAGGGUGCCAAAGGCGAUAACCCCCACACCCCCGCUCAGAUCGAUCCUAUUAUCGCUGAGUCUAUCAAGACGCUCAAGGAGCAGGGUGCUACUAAGAUUGGAGCUGUCGGAUACUGCUUCGGCGCCAAGUACGUUAUUCGCAACUACAGCGCGGGCAUCGACGUCGGUUACGUCGCUCACCCCUCGUUCGUCGAGGAAGAAGAGCUCAAGGCCAUCACCGGUCCCCUCUCCAUUGCCGCUGCUCAAACCGACAGCAUCUUCCCCGCCGAAAAGCGUCACCGAUCCGAGGAGAUUCUGAUCGAGACUGGCAAGCCUUUCCAGAUCAACCUGUUCUCUCACGUCGAGCAUGGUUUUGCUGUGCGCGCUGAUCUGAAGGACAAGAAGAAGAAGUUUGCCAAGGAGCAGGCUUUCUUCCAGGCCGUGCAGUGGUUUGAUGAGUACCUUAUUUAGAGUCAGGUAGAUGAGUUAAUGAUGUAUAAAGAUACUUAAUAGAGGUUCAAGAAUGUAAAUGGUUGUAUGACAUGCUCAGUGAAACCUUGUCUUGGACUGAAGCGAAACCUCAUGACGGCAGAGGAUCUAGAACCUGCACACGCUAAACAAGAGGGAGUGCUGGGCAUUGCAGGAAAAGCUAGAUACAUCACGAGGCAUGGAGUUUUGGUCAAUAUUAGUUCUACAAUUACUAUUUGUUAUACCCG